AUGUACUUUGGACUUUGCUUCUCACUCUACAUUUCAGUUGCAGGUUUGGUAGCGUUCAGUUUCACAAUGGGUAGGCUGUAUACAAAAAUUAUGGCAACAGUUUUGGAUGUAGAAAAUUUUCUCAUUCAGUUGGACGUGCAGUUCAAAUAUUGCACAAGAACCAUAAUUUUGGACAUGGCCCUCAGAGCAGCAACCAUCUUCGCAACAUCUAUAGCCAAUUACAACCAAUAUAGCGACGACGCCUUACAACUCUACCUCAGAGCCGUUGGUUUUUACUUGACGCACUGGUGUGUUAAUUGCGUCGAGAUGCAAAUAGUGGCAAUGUGCAGCUAUUUGUCUUGCCUCAUAAAGUAUACGACAUCUUCACUUCCUUCCCCUGACUUCGAAGGCUUCUUAGAGGCAUCGACCUCAUUCGUCGAGAUAUCUGAGAUGAUACAUGAAUUAUUUUCAAAACCUUCCUUCGUCAUUUUUGGAAACAUAUUUAUCUGUACCACGCUGGACUUGUAUUUCUUGAUAGUCGUCCUUCCAGAAAUGGAAUCCAUGUCCAUAAAGUGGUUUUCUUUGGGUCGUUGUUUCGCUCGCUGUUAUCAACUGUGGAGAUUCGUUUCAGCAGUAAACUCGAUGUCUGAUGAGGUAAUAAUUGACUUUUAUAAUUAUUAA